AUGGUGGCCGAAAACGAAAAGCACGACCAUCAGUCGCAUGAUGCGGCUCGAUCCCUAACUUCAUCACAGAUCGAUGGCGACGUUCGCGAUGUCCGCCUCCCCCAAGGCCGCGACAUUGACGUCGUGACCACAUUCAUCAACAACCUCGACCCUGAAAUUCGAGACCUACCCAUAUCUACGCAAGAGUCUAGACGCGUCUUGUGGAAGAUUGACCUGAUCGUUCUCCCAUUGAUGGCCGGGACGACAAUCUUGGCUGCUGUUGAUAAGAAUAUUAUUGGAAACACGGCUAUCCUGGGCAUCUUGGAGGACACCAAUAUCAGCAAAAAUCAGUUCUCGGUUAUCGGCAGCCUCUUCUUCAUCGGAUAUUUGGUCUCUGAGUGGCCCAUGGCCUACCUCAUCCAGCGGCUUCCAGCGGCGAAGCUGCUGGCUGCGACUGUCUUUGGCUGGGGAGUGCUCGCAAUGUGCACCGCUGCCACACACAGCUUUGCUGGUCUUGCUGUCGUUAGAUUUCUCAUGGGAGGACUCGAGGCCAUCGUCUACCCAACGAACAGUAUCCUAACGGUCAUGUGGUGGACGCGGUCCGAGCAGCCCGUGCGAACGGCCAUUUGGUUCAACACCAUCUCGACAGCAUUCACUGGUAUUGUUAGCUAUGGAAUUGGCCUGACGCAUACAAAUCUAUCGCGAUGGCAGCUUCUGUUUCUGGUCGUUGGCGGCUUCACUCUCUUGUGGUCUGUGUUGCUCUGGUUCUUCCUCCCCGACUCACCUGUCAAUUGCUGGCAGCUGAGUGACCGUGAGAAGUGGGUUGCAAUCCAGAGAGUCAAGGACAACAACACUGGAGUUGAGGAUACCACGUUCAAGUGGUAUCAGGUUAAGGAGCUUUUGCAGGACCCCAAGACAUGGCUGUUGGUAAUCUUUGCGGCAGCCCAGAACGUCCCCAACGGUGGAAUCUCAAGCUUCUCGGGUCUGAUCGUAUCUGGCUUUGGCUUCAACACCCUGCAAUCGAUCCUGGUCAACCUCCCGACUGGCAUCAUCGGCACGACAUUCCAAGUCCUUCUUUCGAUACCCUCGGCCAAAUUGAAGGGCUGGCGGCGCAGCAUCAUUGCAGCUGCUAACUUAGUCCCUCUCGUCUGCGCUGUGCUGCUCUGGCAACUUCCCCGAGAUAAUAAACACGGACUCUUAGCGUCUUACCUGUGCUUCUGGACAUACUUUACACCCUAUGUUUUGUCGACCUCUCUGCCAAUGGCUAAUACUUCUGGACACACGAAGAAGGUUACUAUGAACGCUCUUUGGUUCAUUGCAUACUCCCUUGGAAACAUUCUAGGCCCACAGGCUUUCCGAGCUGAGGAUUCGCCAAACUAUACCAGCGGAUUCAUUGGCCUAGUUUGUUGCGUUGCAGUUGCAAUCAUUGCUAUUUUGUCCUACGGAUUCCUCUGUCGACUCGAGAAUAGGAAGAGGGACCGCGCUGCGGGCGAGGCUGGGGAAGGGGAGGAUGUUUCCGCUGCUGAGGCAUUCAACGAUCUUACGGACCGCGAGAAGCCCUCAUUCAGGUAUGCUUAUUAG